UGGUUCACAGUCAUGUGAUACGUGUUGCCUUCUGCGUGUCGUCGUCGGCUGGGCAGCAUACAUUUAGUUGAAAGUUUAUACCUCUGAAGUCUUGUGUUUUUAGACUAAACUCACAAUGGCAAUAACUUCGUUUGCGAUCGCGAUUUCCGUGAUGACUGUGUUCUGGGGUAUUGUUGGAGGAAUUGUGCCUUGGUUUAUCCCCAAAGGACCAAACAGAGGUGUGAUAGUGACGAUGCUGGUGCUAACUGCAGUCUGCUGUUACCUUUUCUGGUUGAUAGCCAUUCUGGCCCAGUUGAACCCGCUGUUUGGGCCUAGCCUGUCCACUGAUGUUAUUUGGUACCUGCGCUAUCACUGGCCUUAAUUUGCCUUUCUGGGGCUCCCAACCCUUAAGCAGCAGGAUGACCUUGCAGUGCUGCACACCAGUGGAUGUUUGCCAUUGCAGAGAUCAGUUGUCCCCAAUUGCCUUAAAACUCUGAACCCUGUAUGAUUAUUGAGUGGCACCAGUGCCUUGUGUAUAUAAUGACUCCCAAAGGGCUGUGAGAUCUGUGUGGAUGUGCUGUGACUUAAAUUAAAGUAACAUUUCCUUGUUGCAGUUUUGUUUAUAUAUUAUGUACAUUGUGUUCAACAAUAUUGUUAGCAUGGAUAGCAGUUGUUGUGUGAGUGUGUGUGUGUGUAUGUGUGAAGUUUGUGUCAGCUGGUUCAUCAGAUAAUUAAUAAAUUAAUAAACAAAUCAUUCAUCCAUAAUUGUUUGUAAUUAUAUAUAUUUUUUCAAAUAUAAAAGUGUUCCUUUCUACAUAAUUAUGUUGAAAGUCAUUUACACAUUAAACACAUUUGUCACUAAAAUAUUUUCAUAGGGCAUAGAAAAUGCUGUUGUUUUUUUGUAGUUUAUCUGAAAAAAAUGACCCCAUAAAACAUUUUUCAUGCAGUCAUUAUUGAUAACGACGUUUUUUGCGUAACAAAACACGUCAAACAGCGACGUUGACGUACGGACUUCAAAUUGGCCUCUUUGCUUUCCGUAGCUCCAGCCGGCUACGUUGGCAACAUGGCGUCGUCAGAUGUCCACGUCCGAAUAUGCGAACAAGAAAUACUCAAAUAUGACUUGGAAAUUAAAGCUCUCAUCCAGGUGCGAAUAUUUCUUUGGAUAUCAGUGAGUGCACAGGCCCUCAAAGCAAGCUGACAGAAUUAAAUGGAGAAGUGAAAAAGAACUUCCUCAGCUUAAGACUACGGAUUCAGGACUUUGAGCAGAUGGCAAUGGAGCAGGACAAAGAGUCAGACAAGCAGGCCUUGAUGACUCAGGUAGAAGGCCACA